UUUUCUGCCUCCUCUCCACCUUGCUUCCCGCAACUACCACGCACGCCGAAUACUUGGCAAGAAGAAACCCUUUCUCGUCCCGUUGAACUGGCGCCGUCGACUCCACCGGGGCACGCUGUCGCGGGUUGCUCUCCGGUCCUCGUUCUCCUUGCUGCUGAAUCCGCUAGUGGAGAUCGACCUGAUUUCUCCUGUCCUGUCAAUUGGAUUUUAGCCCGGCUUUCAAGGUAGAGAAAGAAGCUGUCUGGUCCAUCAUGGCCUUCCCAACUCCAGCUUCUGUUUUUGUUGACGAGAACCAACAGAUAAAUAGAGGUAAGAGGGCUGCUGGAUCAAGGACCAAAGGGCUGAAGCCGUCGGAGAAUCCUGGGAAUCUAGAGAGGAGAGCUCUUCAGGAUUUGUCCAACUUUGCCAAAGGCACAGGUUUGAAGGGCACUUCCACCCUGAAAGAGAGGUCCCAGCGCAAGGCUUUUAGUAAUGUGACCAACACUAUUAAAGGCACUGCUUUGAAGGACAGGCCCAUCACGAAAGAGAAAUCUACCCAGAAACAGAGGUCACAGAACCCAGUGAAAAUAUUAUCUGAUGAAGAUAUCAAACUGUGUCAUGAGUGGGCUAAGGAUGGGGUGGAAGGGUUUCACUCAACACAAAAUGAUUCUCAGAAGGUUGAUAAGGAUCUGCUAGCCAAACGUGUCAAGAAGAAAGUGGCGUCAGUAAACUCAGCCUUGCGUGGUUGGUCAGAUACGGUAUUUGAUUCUCUGAUGUUUCCAGCUAGGGAGGUUUUAUAUGAACCAAAAGUGCUGGAGCUGGAACCUGAGAUUCUCCGGGACAUCAGUUGGGAUCUCCCUAGUUCAGUAGAUGGUAAAGCAAAGCUGGAUGAAGACUGUCUUGCCUAUGAUCAGCUUGACCAGUACCCAUCUUUGGAGAACAAUCCAGUUACAUUUGAGCUGAGAGACGAGCCAGCGAUCCCGCAGCUGGGAGUGCAUUGAAGAAUCCCGCAGCUCUGCUUGCUGCUUUGCUCUAGAAUGCUAGGUCUUGAACCCCUGAUGUUUUUCUCCAGCUAUGUUCUGGUGGAUGUGGGUGGUAUAGGAUUUCACAGUUUGAUCACUAGUACCUGAUCCAGCGGAAGCGACAGCGCUUCCUGUUUGUUAUGCUUGCUGAUGGGCGAUGGUUGUGGAACUGCUGAUGGUAUAAUUCUAAUGUUUUCAGCAAAACAAACCUAUAUGGUCUCUAUAUUUAUUCUCCUGAGUC